UCGAAUAAUAAUUGUAUUGUUCCAGAUAUAAUAGAAGAGUGCUUUUUGUCAAGUCAACAAUCUCGAAUAGGAACAGCGGAAAAGAGCAAAUGUGAAAAUUGAAAACGAGGAAUGCAUCGUGGGCCAUCGUAUCCAGACAAUGCUACCCAGAUGCCUCCUAUGGCGUAAAUUUGCUUUCUUCACACUCGUGCUGAUCGCCAUAGCGAAAAAAGCAACGGCCGUACGAUACAGUUCGCGCAUCGUCGAAAUUCAAACGGGGGCGAUUCGCGGCAUCAUUUUGGAACUCAACUCCAGACAUCUGGAACCUGUCGAGGUGUUCCGCGGUGUUCCGUACGCCGCCCCACCCGUUGGACCAUUGAGGUUCCGUGCACCUCAGCCGCCCCUCCCUUGGCCCGGCACUCGUCUGGCGGACACGUUCGGCUCGGUCUGUCCUCAAAGAUACCCGGACAUCACGAACAGAACCGCCGCCCUCCAGCACAUGCCGAAAGGACGAUACCAAUAUUUGAAGAAACUCAUUCCCCUUCUAGUAAAUCAAUCCGAAGACUGUUUGUUUCUCAACAUUUACGUUCCGGGAAGCGGAAAUCGCGGCUUGGAGGCUCCUUAUGCAGUUUUAGUCCUUGUUCAUGGGGAGAGUUUCGAAUGGGGUGCCGGUCACCCUUAUGACGGAAGUGUUUUAGCCAGUUACGGACACGUUAUCGUCGUCACGCUCAAUUUUAGACUAGGAAUCUUAGGUUUUUUAAGAACCAAACCGAACACACCAGUUGCAAGAGGACAAAAGAGUGGGGAUCCCAAAAAAGAAGAUAGUGACAACUCAAAUUUGGGGAUAAAGGACAUUAGUUUGGCUCUGCGUUGGAUCAAAACUAACAUAGCGGCUUUCGGUGGCGAUCCAUCACGAGUCACUCUAAUUGGCCACGACACAGGAGCUGCCUUGGUCAAUCUCCUUUUCAUUUCUUCAUCCUCUAAAGGGUUGUUUAAAAGAGUGGUGCUUUUGAGUGGGACAGCUUUGAGUCCCUGGGCGACUGUUCACAAUACGGAAAAUCUGCGGAUCAGUGUGGCCCAACAAACCGGCUGUUUGCACUCAAACGUGGAAUCGGAAACGGAAACAAACACGGACACAAACGUAGAUAUUGCCGAUUGCCUUCGAACAAGGCCUCUGCAAGCGUUAAUGGACGUGGAUUUGGAAACGGUCAGAUUCAUGCCCCGAAUCGCUCCGUCACUGCCCCUGAACUCCGAGACUCCCGAUCCGGCUUACGCAAUGGAACACGCCAGCGAAAACUUCAUAACCUCCGAACUGAUGCUGGGCGUGACGACCACCGAAAGUUAUACAGACUUCAACGCAAAUGACAUUCAAUACGGGUUCGAAGAGGAUCAGAGGAACCGUGUGCUGAGAACGUACAUCCGGAACGCGUAUCUCUACCACUUGAACGAGAUCUUUUCGGCGGUCAGGAACGAGUACACCGACUGGGACAAACCGAUCCAGCAUCCAAUAAACAUACGCGACUCGACUAUGGAGGCGUUGAGCGACGGACACACCGUUUCACCGUUGAUCCGUGUCGCCUAUUUGCACGCCAGAAGAGGCGCCAAGACCUAUCUCUUCCACUUCGGAUAUCAAACAAAAGAGAGCGAUUAUCCCCAACGUCUGGGUAGCAUACGUGGUGAAGCUCUGACCUAUCUGUUGGGGCUACCAUUAAUUGGAGGGCAACCGAACUUCCCAGCGAACUAUACGCGUCAAGACACCGGCGUUGCUGAGGCGGCGCUUGUAUUCUUCGCCAAUUUCGCCAAGAGUGGGGAUCCCAACGCCCCUGGAGGGCAUCGCGAUGUGCCGCCGGAUUAUGGAACCGCUCGCGAGAGGACAAGGUACCGAGGACUCACCUGGGAACCCUAUGAAAUCGGAACCCAAUUUUACUUGAGCAUAACUCUGAAACCUAAGAUGAAAAGUCAUUAUAGAGGUCACAAAAUGGCAGUGUGGUUAAAUUUAAUUCCUCAGUUACAUCAGCCUGGAGAUGAAGAUAUUAACAUGAGACAUCAUCAUUUUCACGAAAGAGAGCCACAUUAUUAUGCAGGAAGCGUUCGAGCGGAAUCCUUUACAAAACUGCCACCAUCAAUUCAUCCCGCUUCGAUAACUGACCUGCAAAUUUCAGCUGGAUCAUCAAAUAUUGACGGAUCUGAUUGUAUAUCAACAACUACUUCAGAUGAUGUGUCAGAUGACGAUGAUCUAAAUCUAAGUGAAGAAGACGAAGAGAGCGACGAACUUCUGCAGAGACUUGCUACCAGGCAUUAUUACAGUUACACGGCCGCAUUAGGAGUGACGGUAGGUGUCGGUUGUCUCUUGCUCGUCCUAAACAUGUUAAUUUUCGCCGGAAUCUACUAUCAACGCGAAAGAGACAGGCGACGACAAGUUUCUAAUCGGAACUCACGAACAUCGUCAUCACCAUCAACCGAAACGAUUCCAAUGUCGCAGCGACCGUCGACUCCCGGUUCAUCGGCGAGACAGAGUCCCACGAAUAAUAUAAAAGAGAAAUACGAAUUUCCACCUUGUUACAACACGUUGUCAAGGAGUCUAUCGAUUCAGGAUAUUCCACAAAUCACGAUGAACAGCAUGAAUACGCUCAAGAAAGAGAAACCUCCACCACCGGUUCGGACGUCGAGUAAUCCUCCCGGUGGCACGGUUAAAAAGCGGGUCCAGAUCCAAGAAAUCGCUGUAUAGCAAACAGAGAGUGAGGGGUGCGAUGAUUCGACCUCUCACACGAAAAAGCUUGAUCUGGAACCGGAUAACAACAAAACUAUGCAGUGCGACUUGGUGUCCGUUCAAUUAUAACAGUGUGAUAUUGUUUUGAUUUUUAUUGAAGAAUAGUUUAAAAUGAUGUUAAAACUGUAAAGUGCUUUAUAAACACUCAACAACAUUUUUGUCAGUCGAUAAAUGCAAUUCUUUUGAAAUAAUCUAAAAUGUUUAUGAUUGUCCUGGUUUCCUGUUUAGAUAUAAAUGAUAAAAAAUGGCUAAAUAUAUUUGUGAAAUCAUUUUAACAUAGUAUAGAAAUUUUAUCGCCGAAAUUAAUUAAUGUCCAUUAUUUUUACUACAAAAUACACUAGAAAAUUGUAUUAUUUUAUCGAAAUAUUACACUUUUUAUUUGUUGUCAUACAAGGGUAAUGUAAACGAAAAUGUCACUGUCUGUAAAUAUUCGUCGUAUUUUUACUCAUUAUAUUUAAAACUGUAAAUAAAUCGAUAUUAGUGUCAAUAAAACAAAAAAUGUUUCAAAUUUAUUACCUCUCUAUAUAAAAAUUGUAGUUCUUUCGAUGCGGAAUGAGCAAAAAUUUUCAUCAAAAUGUGAAUCUCGGUAUUAUUUGAAACAUUUUAACAUUAUUUGGUAACAUAGAACAACUACUUAAAUAAGUGAUACUUUUUAUUUUGAAACUUGUAUAGAUUUUUAAAAUCUUCGAACAUUGUUAAUAUGGUAGUUUUAUUGUAAAUAUUGUAUUAGAUACUUUUAAUUGGAGGGGACUAAUAAAAUUAAUUAAAUGAAUUAUUAAAUCGAUCGAUAUCUAUUUGAAG